UUCGCGUGGUUUUCGUGUAAAAAGAAAGAAAAUUUUUGACAUUUUUCACGCAUUUCCAACGCCAUAAUCAUGUCCUACGAUUCAUCGAUGGACAUAAAAAAACGGACAGAUUGUCCAGGCCUUCCGAAAGGUUGGAAAAGAGAAGAAGUUAUUCGCAAAUGUGGCUUGUCUGCGGGGAAAACUGACGUUUAUUAUUACAGCCCAAAUGGAACGAAAAUAAGAAGCAAACCUCAGUUGGCGCGAUCUCUUGGUGAAUCAUUUGAUCUCAGUGCCUUUGAUUUCCGCACUGGCAAAAUAAUCAGUAAUCCACUCCGUAAAAGUAAGCGCAUGAGAGGAUCUACUUAUGACUAUGCACGAGGGAUUCGACAUGAUGCAGCUCUGGCCCUUCCUAUACGUCAGACAGCUUCCAUCUUCAAACAACCGGUCACGGUCAAAAGACACAAAACUAACAGCAAAACAAAGAUUGAGCUGAAGCAUGGCCCACAGGAACAACCAAAACAGUUAUUCUGGGAGAAGAGGUUACAUGGACUUCAUUCAUGCGACACAGACGAAGAGAGAUUUAAACCAAUGACGCUGCCAAGAAAUAUACAAGGUGUUGGCCCAGAGCUGAGCAACGAGAAUCUUCUCCACAGUAUUGCGGCUGCCCUUCACCUAAGCAACCAACCAGUUACUGGCCAAACUGCAUCAAAACCUUUACUUGUAAAAAAUCCGGGAGUACAUGUCAAUGCUGAUCAGCCUAUGAUACAAUCGGUGUUUAUCAACGAUGAUGAUAUUCGACGACAAGAACAAAGAGUGUUGGAUGCACGGCGGAAAUUACAACAAGCACUCAAGUCUCAUUAGAUCUGGUCGUCCAGGUGGAUAUCAAGGUAAAUGUCUACACUCUGCUAUUUCAUUGGAAUCAAUUUUCUAAAUACACAUGUGUAUGGAUGGACACUGCCAAAUUACUGGAAAAUGUGUAAUUUUGGCCUGGAAUGAAUAAAUGACUUGGAAAUUAGAGAGUGGUAAAUGGUACUCUGGAAAUGACACACUUCUAUUUCAAAGGAGCGGAAAUCUGGAUCAAAUCAAAAUUGGACAGUGUUGGACAAUGGAACCCGGGGUGAAAUAUUGGAAAAACUGGAGAAAAGGAUUAUUUCUGGCUGGAUAGUCUGUGCAUUAAACACAAACUCUGUCUCAUUCAAAUUUUUAGACCCUAUUUGUAUGAAGUGCCUAUCUGGAUGCACAUGUGUACUUUUAAUGCUUCAGAUCAUGUAAGAAGGAUUUGAGGACUUCCAAGACUUGUGAACUCUGUAUGAACAUGAAUAAUGCAUUUCAAAUUUGGCCUUAAGCUGCACUGCCUUCAUCCAUUACAGGGUUCAUGAUGAUGCAUGUGCCAACUCAUUUCUGUAACAUUGAAAGAGAAAGUUGAGAGAAGGAGCAAUGCUUGUAAAAGUCUUGGAUUGGAAGUCUGAUGUCCUGAGUUCAUUUUCUGAAGUUCUGGAAAGUGUAAUACUUUCUUGAAAACAUUUUGUGCAUGCGGUUUUGUAAUUGUAGUAAAUACCAGCUGCUUUCUCUAAGCAUUUGUUUUGAAAUGCAUUUAUAUCCCUUUGGGUGCUUCUACACGAGAGACUUGGUUGACCCUAAGACAUUUACAUGUCUUGAAUUUGGGUACAAGUUACUCUCGUGAUAACUUGAGACAGCUGACAAACAUGACUGAGGAUCAAGAACCAUUCGUGCUUGAGACCUCUCAUGUAUGACAGUGUCCAGUUACCCUUGCAACAUGCAUGUACAGAACAGUACAUAUUUGAGCUGUGUAGUCUCAAAAUCAAAUAAUGAUUGUGCAUGUGCAACCUACAUGUAUCCCCAAGGUCUUAAUCAUGAAGUACAUGUACUGUAGACGUUCCCCAUUCGUCAAAAGACAUUGAAGGCCCCUGUCAGAGAGGCAGACUCCAGCCUCUGCAAGAUUUUAUCUGUGCUAUUUGCUUUAUCUACAUGAAAUCAAUCGAGGGAACUGAGAGGUGUCACAGACAGUUCCCAAUAUAUUUACUUAGAUCUAGAGGUACAAAUUGUUACAGAAGUUCCAAAAUUUCCCAAUACACCUGGGGGGUUUUUCUUGAAAAGAACGCCCUAUUGUUUUUUACAUAUUAGAGAGCCAUUGAUAAAUAUUGGACAUCGAAGGAGUAUGUCUGUAUCGAUGUACCACGUCAUAUUGUUAUUUCAUGUUUGUAUCAUAAAACAAUAAAAUAUUUAA